AUGAUAUUCAAUACAUUAUUUGCUGCUUUAUAUUCAGUAAUUAUUGUUCAAUCAGCAACGAUUAACCCACCAGUAUUUGAUGAAAGUGUUAUUAUAAAGAAUUACCCCAUUCUUAAUGAAACAUUUAUCCCUAUCAAGGUGCUUCAGAUCCCACAAGAUAUUAAAGAUACUAUUGCUCCACCAGUUUGGGUUGAGGAUUGGGAAGAAUUAGAAUUUGCUGCACCAUCAGAUAUGUUUUCAUCAGUUCCAAUAUAUGGGGAUAAUGAUAAUUUAACAAUUAAAGCUGCCGCUUAUGCAUUUGCUCAUGGUUCAGGUGUUUGGAUACUUCAAGAUCACACUGAAAGAAAUGAGUUAACAAUUGAUAAAACUGUGACAUUAGAAGAUGUAUUGGAAUUUUAUCAAAUCGGUGAAUUAGGUGAAAUUGGUAAAGGAAAAAAAGCUGCGGCUUGA